AUGGAUCUGAUUCUCAAGAUUCAGGCUCUUCUGCCCAACCUCACUCGACUUCAUGUAUGUGUCUUUCGGUCACAUCGUCGUCAUUCACUAACCUCGCUUGUUCCAGUCGAAGAAAUGAUCACCCAGCCCCUCCCUUACCGCUUUUUAGUGAAACUUUUCCGCUGGUCAAUGUGGACAGAUGAAAUGCGCUCUGAUACGUCGGUGACGAAGAACGAACUUAUGGCGCGUGGAAGUCAUGUGUCAGAUGCUCCAUAUGGAGGAGGGGACCGACCAACUCGCCGGCCUCCUGUCGCGACUGUGACCAUCACAGUCACAGAAAGCAUGUAUUCCACAGGCUCUUCCCAGUCCAACAGUCGAGCACAAAACAGUGACACGGACGUGGAAUCUUCUCACACACCUCCAACUCUCACCGUUGUCGUCACCGUCCCAGCAACCACUGAUAUAACCCUCUCCUCUCAGUGGACCGGUCAGGAGCAGAACAGCAACACAACAGCAACCGUUGUUACAACUACAUCUGUGCCUGACGGCAUGAUUACUCGGACUGAUACUUCCUUUUCUACCGCCCCUACUGGUUCUAUGACAGGUUCAAACGGGACUACCGACUCCACCGACAGCCAGUCUAGUGGACAGGGUACUAUAUCGGAGCUAUCUUCUGCAACAAAUAGUGCUAUCACGGACACACCAAACUCCAUCUUUGUCCCAGCUGUAGCUUCAGCCGCAUCUGCUGCUUCCUCGGCUGCAUCAGCGAUCUCCGACGACCAUGGCGCUAAUACUGAUGCUUUGCACACUGCAUCCUCGAUUAUGAGUGCUCUUGCCUCCUUGGCCAGUGGCUUCUCAUCCACUGGCCCUUCAGACAAUACUGAAAAUUCUCUUGCACAACUCUCCUCUGUCGCAAGCGCAGUCUCGUCCAUUGCAGAGCUUGCAUCAGAGCUAGGAACAAAAUCUGAGGAGCUUCCGUCUGCUGCUCCGUUCAUCGCAUCUGCUGCCUCGAUUGCAUCAUUGGCCGCGUCCCAGGACUCUUCUUACGCUAGUGCUCUGUCCGCCAGCAUUUCGAGCCAAACCAGCGCCUUGCGCUCGAGCACGUUCUCCACGAUUGUAACAACGGUUCCAACAACAAUUGUUGGGUCUGACACGACUCUUACUACCGAGACUACUAAUGUGACAGUCAUCCAGAUCUCCUUGUCCGAUAGCCCUUCUGAGGCGGCAGGAACCACAUCACUGGCCAGCUCGGAAAGUCCAGAUUUGCUUACCACGUCUCUGUCUUCAUCCCCUUCUUCUUCCACUUCUUCUCUCACAUCAACUAUGUCUUACACUUCUUCUCUCACAUUAAGCACAUCUUCCGCUUCUUCCAUGACCACAACAAACGCCCCUUUGACUUGCCAACACGAUGUGCCUGCACCACCUCCGUACCCGCCACCAGACUUGGAAUGGAUGACUGUACCAGAGACUUAUACAGAGACUGACACCGACCCUGCGGUAAACCCUGCCACCGAGCCCGUCACGCAGCCCACUACAGAGCCUACCGUCGAGUCUGCCACCGAGUCUGCCACCGAGUCUGCCACCGAGUCUGCCACCGAGUCUGCCACCGAGUCUGCCACCGACUCUACCACGGGACCUAGCACAGGACCUAGCACAGGACCUGCCACAGGGUCUACCACCGCGUCCACCACCGCGUCUACCAUCACGUCUACUACAAGACCUGCCACCGAGUCCUCUCCUAGUAAUCCAACAACUACUACAUCUAUCGAGUCUACCACCUCAACCUUGUUGACCUCCGCCACGUCUUCUUCGUGUUCAUCGACGGUGUUUUCAACAUGUACGGAAUCCUGUGUUAACAUGAAUGCGUCCUCUACAACAACCGAGACGUGUUCGAUAACGUGUACAACCCUUACAGGAUGCCUUGCUAGUGUUUUCUCAACAGCCACAACAUCAAGUGCGACGGUUACUGUCGAAGCCUGUCAAGCCACACAAUGGUACAAUGGCAAGUUGUUUUCUGGUGGUACUCCCGACCGAUAUGAUAUGGGUUCAAAUGAUACGAUAUGGUCGGACGCAACUGAUCUGUUCAAUGGAAGUGGUCAAGAGAGGACAUCCACAACUAGAACCGAUUCGACUAUAAUGCCUCCCUCAGAUGCACCGACAUCAAAUUCUGACUCGACGUCGCCUUUUACGCCGGCCUCAAAUUCCACUUCUGUCUCGGCCUCAAUAACUACCUUGACAUCAACAACGAGUUCAAACCCGACAAGCUCCACCUCUGUUUCAACGUCGAUGACCCCUACCUCAACUACAACUUGGACGUCGAACUCGAGCUCGACGUCACCUUCGUCCUCAACUGUAUCACCAAGCUCAGGGUCCUCUUCUUCUACCGUUUCAAGCACUAAGCCUUCCACUACCUCUUCAAUUACCUCAUCUGAGGGGUUUCCAAUUCUACCAAGUAAGCCAACAAGUUACACCACACUUUCGACCUCGGCAAAUGGAGACGUCUACAGUGGCGUUGCUGGAUCGCAAGCGGGACACCCUUUCUGGCUUUCCACAACAUUGCUAGGCCAACGAUUCACUGCGACACGCACAGAGCGAAAUGGAAUGACCAAGACGAUUGAAACAUGCGAGGGAUGGAAAUUACCAGGCAUUACAACCUGCACGAACCAAUGGGCGGUGUCGACAGUCAUGCCAAUUCCACUGCCUGAGCAAAGGAUAUAUUGUCAACAGUGGAAUCCCGUUGGGCCGCUACCACGAAAAGGUCGGGUAAGAUGCGCCACGAAGGAAGAAGCAAACGACUUAUUUCAUACAUUUCAUAUCUUCCGCAGGGGGACGAUGAGGGAAUUUGCAAAGGACUUCUGCAAAGAACUCAUUGAGAAGAAGAUCUUCUUUUCGAAUGAUGGUUCUCAGAGGACUUUAAAUGGACAGCAGAAUUCGACGGGAGAAUGUGGGAGUUAUCGGGUCAAAAAUACCAAUUACCAGAUGGGCAUUGGGAUUACAUUUGACUCGGCUGCAUGUAACCGGGAUGGCAAGCAUUCCGAUGACAAGUGGCUCAGUGGGGUUGGAAUGAAAGAGUUUGGCCUGAAAGCGUGUGUGAAGGCUAUUGGAGAAGAUAUUCCAGGAAGUUGCCUGCUACCGGUACCGCCAGUAGUCGGUAGCUUUAUGAUUCAAGAUCUAAGCCACGGAGGAUCUUCGUGGCGGCAUUGUCUGCGCUUCUCUGCCAUUGGGUACAACAACAACAGCGGGCAAUCAGUUCCAGAUACCAUUCAUAUAUCUACAUAA